GGAAGGAACCAAGGGCUUAGCAGGGCCACAGGCCCCAGCUGCUAUCUUAUGGCUCCUCGGCGAAGGCGCAAGAAGCACUCUGCACCGGUGGCUUCCCGAACUCAGGUGGCCUUGUCUUCUCCAGUCUCAGGUCCCAGCAUUGAUGCACUUGGCUUUGUCUCUUUGGAGAGUAAUGUCCCUGGCCUGUCCCAGGUUAUCCUUCAGAAGCUGAACAUGAAGAGCUAUGAGGAAUACAAGGCAGUGGUGAAUGGGGAAAGCCCUGGGUCGGGCUUUGGGAUCCACAGUCUCAGUGACAUGUUCCAGCGCCUGGAAGACACCUUCCAAUUCUGUGCCCAGUGCAGAGUGCUUCCCAACCAGCUCUCUGACUCUAAGAUCUUGCGACGCUGUAAGAGGUGCAGAAAUGUGUAUUACUGUAGUCCUGAGUGCCAGAGAGCAGACUGGCCAGUACACAAGAGGGUCUGUUGGGAACUUCGGCUUGUGGCUAUAGACCGGCUGGUGGAGUGGCUAGUGGUCACAGGUGACUUUUCCCUGCCUUCAGGGCCUUGGCCAUGGCCACCAGGGGCUGUUCGGGACUGGGAUACCUGGUUUUCAAUGUGGGGAGCACAGCUGGAUACCAUGCUGGAAUCUGUACUGGCUAGUCACGCGAUGUCUACCUUGUGGGACAGUGUGGGGCGACCACGGCCCGACCCAGAUAGUCUACGGGGCUCCCUGCGAAGGCUUCUGACAGACACCCUUUCUCAGCCCCUGACAGUGGGAUUAGGGCUACGGACAUUGGUGGGGAAUACAGCAAAGCUGGGAGGGAUCACAGUGCAUGUGGUGGGUGCUUCCCAUGUAGAGACUUUCCUUACUAGCCAUGGGGCCUAUGAAGAGCUUCAACAUAUGUUUCCUGGAUCUGGUGGCCUCCACGUAGUUAUGGUUGGUGUGGACUUGGCUGUGGAGUCCCUCCCACAGUUCACCUCAGUCCUACCCGCAACUCCUGCUACGAUUCAGCUCAGCAGCUACAGGGGCCUCUAUCAUGACUUCUGGGAAGAACAAAUAGAGAUGGGUCAGGCAGUCUCUCCAGACCUUGUAGCAGGGUUUCAUCCAGGUUUCCACGCAAGCCAAGACUUGAUGGCUGGCUGGUUGCCCACCCUACUGCUGCUUCGAGAUUAUGAGAUCCCCACUAUCUUCACUGUGUAUAGUCAACAGGAGCUGACAGCCUCUCUGCAGAUCCUCAUGGAACUGGAGAUUCGAAUCAUUGCAUAUGGAGAUAACCCUUUCGCUUCCCUUAAACCUGAACAAGCCUAUACCAACCCCAACAAGCAGCCUGUGUACUGCAGCGCCUACUACAUCAUGUUUCGGGGGACUUCCCACCAACUGGAUGGAGAGGAAGCAGUAGGGAAAAUGGAUAGUAGUAUUUAAAAAGCUGAUCUACAGUCUGUCUGGACAGCUGGGGACACUUUACAAACAUCAUCUUAUUAGUGUCUCACAACAACCCUUGGAGGGGCUUUUAUUAUCCUUAUUUUGUA